UUGCUUUCGAUUCUAAACAGAAAUAGAGCACAGCUACAAUUCCAAGGUGUAUUUCACUACUUCACUCUCUCUCUCUCACACACCUCUCAAAUCCCAAAGCAGCCUUCAAUUUUUCAACUUCCGGCGAGCUUUUCACUUUCUCUAUCUCGAGAGAGAAUCUAAUUUGAGUAGUAGUGGUGGGUGGUGCUUUCAAUUAAAAGACUGGUACUACUUUGAUGGCACGACAAAACCCCCAAUAAAACCCUGCAAAUUAAAAAACCUUCCCCUCAUUUCCGAACCAAAGAGUUACAAUCAUUAAUGGGCGUGGUAGAAGAGGGUUGGGGCGGUUGGGCGCCGACCCCUGGCGGCGCUCCCCUCUACAUCCAGAAAGAUGAUCAUUGGACCCACUUCGACAACUCUGUCAAUGCGGUGUCGUUUGGCUUCGUCGCCACCGCCAUCCUCAUCUCCAUGUUCCUUGUCAUGGCCAUCUUCGAGAAGUUCCUCAGAACCACCUCUCCCCUCGAUUCCCGCCGCCGCCUCUCCGACCUCGAGUCCCAGAAUCAUAUUGUUGCCUUCAAUUCCAAGCUCCGAUACCCCUCAUCUCCUAAAAUAAGUGUAAAUGCAAGAGAAGUAUCGGUGGUGAUGCCGGGCAACAAGAUCCCGACCUUCAUCGCACAUCCUGCUCCGGUGCCUUGCCCACCGGAGCGAGUGCAGUGGCCGCCACAUCAGCUAUAAUGAUGGGGAGUCACCAUGGAUGCACAUUCUACUACCAUUCCUUUUUGUGAAAUGGGAUCAAAGUUUUUGUAUAUGUCUCUACUCUUUAUCUCAUUUCCUGCAGUUGAAAUAUGGAAACACAUUAUUUCCAUGGCCUCUAUGUAUACUAUGCUCCUUCCCAUACCAGUCUUCAAUUUUGAUUUGAAUA